GUCUUCUUCGUAAUCACGGCAGCCUUCCAAAAAGAACUUUAGCUUGUCUCUCUCUUACGUUUACUAAGUCUUUCAGGACCUUUUUUUAAAGUAUCUCAAGGCCUCUCUUUCUCUUUGAACGAUUCAAAAGAUUCUCUUUCUCACAGAGUCUCAAAGAAGUUACUCUUGGUUCCAAAUUUGUGCUUUUUCUUUCUCCGGUAACGUUCACUUGCUAUGGCGGAGAGGAGACUCAACUUCAAGGCACCUCUUCUUUCUACUAGGCGGCUGCACAACACAGCUGUCUCUGUCCGCAGAAACAAGUCUAUUAACUUCACUCAUGACUCUAAGACAAGUGAGCUGGGUUUAGAUCAGGUUACUGAAGCUGCCUCUGUUCCUUUCACAUGGGAGCAAUCCCCUGGGAGACUAAAAGGACAUGAUUCCAAACCUCAGCAAGUCAGUGAUCAAGUCUUCACGCCAUGUCUUCCACCAGGAAACCUGAGUUUCAGGGUUAAACACGUUGAGGAAGAAGAAGAAGAGGAUGUGUUUUCUGAUGCACGUGAUACAUACUCUUACUUCUCGGCAAACCACAGCAUAACUGGUGUGAGUGGAUAUAGUGUUGUGGAAACGAAGAACCCUUCUGAGGAUCAUCAGUCACGAGAUUUCAUGUUAAACCGUUUCUUGCCAGCGGCUAAAGCCAUGACUGUGGAGCAGCCUCAUUACGGGUCCAACCGUAAACCAUCCACUUUCAUGCCUGAACCAACGAUACAGAAAAGAGAUUUAGUACCUGACGAGAAGCGGCAAACUCGAAAUAGGUAUGAUAAGUCUACACUCUUACCUUAUUACGACCACCACCAAGGCGUAGAUAAUGAAGAAAGCGUGGAGGAGGAUGAUGAUGAAGUUUCUGAGUACGCUUAUCUUUCAAGGAGAGGUUGUGGUAUGUUUCCACAGCUGUGCUUUAAAGAAUCUGUAGCCAUGCUUAGCACUGGUUUUCAAUCCAAACAAAACUCUCCAAGCCAUGAUCAAGUGAAGUCAAGCAAGGUUUCUCAACUCAAAUCUCGGUUCCAAUCUAUCAAACAGCUGGCUCUUGACUCAGUUUCCAAGCACAAGUUGGGUGGUAAAGUUCUAUCAACGGUUCAUCCAAACCUGAGUUCUGCUGCAAGUAUGUCUUCAUCUCCUUACAGACACACUAGAUGUAUGUCACCAUUUCGCAACGGUUCUCCAUUUCACCCCGACACUCGUAAGGAAACCGAGAGCCUGAGAGCUAACAGGCUGAACAAGCAUAUUAGUAACAUAAGCAACGCUUCAGCUAGCUCUCUCUUGGAGAAGACAGUAUAUGUCGACACCGAGGAUUCUCCCAAGACUAAUAUUAAGAUCUUUCCUGAGGAAGUAGAGAAGAAACCAGACACCAAUCUUGAGCUUGAAGAGUUAGGAAAGAUCAACAGUAGUCCUGGUCGGUCUCUUCUUGCACCACCAUUGCCCAACAAGCCUUCUGAAUCUUGGCUUUUUCAUAAUCUGCCUUCAGUAGUAAACUCUCAGAGCCCAUCACGUAGAUAUACGUUCCAACCCCAGAAGCAGAGUUUUAAUGAAAAUUCCACCAAUGUUACCAAGUGGGAAACUAUUGUCAAGACUUCUUACAUGCACAGAGAUCAUAUCCGAUAUUCCGAUGAACUGGUUGCUCAUACAUCCCUUCAGUGAGAGCCUGAAGCUUCUUGAGAUGUGACCGGUGUACAUGAGUUUACCGG